UGACUUUGACUGAUUGUCUGACUGAUUGUGAAUUUGUGAUUUUGAUUUUGUAGAAAAUGUUAUCAUCACGGUCGUAGUAAAUAUAGUGUAGUUUCUGUCUUUAUUUUGAUAUGUAUAGUUAGUUUGUGGAGAUGAUAAUUUGGCAGUAAUUAGGAUUACAGACAGUAUUAAUGGCCAAAUUACCGAAUGGCUGGGUUCAGCUGGUACCUUUCUGAGGGCUUUCAAGUGAUAAUAGAGAAGUCAAAAGAUGCGAAAUGCAGCCUGAAAGAUGUACAGUUGCGUUUCUUGUGCCCUGAUGACUUGGAGGAGGUGAGGUCCUUAUGUAGAGACUGGUUCCCAAUAGAAUAUCCUCAAUCAUGGUAUGAGGAUAUCACAUCAUCAGAGAGAUUCUUCGCUCUUGCUGCAGUAUACAAGUCUCAGAUCAUUGGUCUAAUAGUCGCUGAGAUUAAACCAUACUUAAAAUUAAAUGCUGAGGACAGAGGAAUAUUGUCAAGAUGGUUUGCAUCGAAGGAUACACUUGUAGCAUACAUACUCUCUCUAGGUGUGGUCCGUUCUUAUCGGCGCUCCGGCGUAGCGACCAUGCUAUUAGAUGUGCUGAUCAAUCACCUGUCAGGGCCAGUGGCGCAGCCCCCCCAUGAGCACAGAGUUAAGGCAAUAUUCCUACAUGUACUCACCACCAACUCGGAAGCCAUAUUUUUCUAUGAGAAAAGAAGAUUCCGACUGCACUCAUUUCUACCAUACUACUAUUCUAUAAAGGGGCGCUGUAAAGACGGUUUCACAUACGUUUACUACGUGAACGGCGGACAUGCCCCAUGGGGACUGUACGACUACGUGAAGUACGUGGCACGAGCUGCGUGGCGCGGCGGCGGACUGUACCCGUGGCUGUGGGGCAAGCUACGCACCGCACUCACCAUAGCCUGGCACAGAAGUACUUCUAAGAAAAAAGUCAUGCUGAGAUACAAAGAUAUUUAGAAUAAACCCAACAAGUGACUACAAUAACUCAUAUGCAUAAGGACCGGUGCGCAGAGGUGGUGGCGAAUGCCCCGCGACCUAAUAUUCAGUUGCUGUGUCAGUUUCACCGCUGUCAACAAGCCGAAGUAGCUUCGUCACGACUAAUCACCCCGUCGACGCGUCGACACCACCGCUGCCCUGACGCUAUGCGAUGUCACCUGUUUACAAUGCUGAAGGAACUAAAAAAUACUUAAAUCACAGAUACGGUUAUAAAUAGAUGCAACUGGAUGUACUUUGCAUGACAGUUUAACAUUGAAUUUGAUUAUCUACAUUAACCUGGCAAAAUUUUAAUUCGCGAACAUAGGAGAAUUGAAAAAAAACUAUUUUCGGAAUAAUUUAAUACGGAUAAGGUUUACUAUGUUUUUAAUUUUAAUAGUAUAUAAAUUUUUCAUUUAAAUUCAGGUACAUGCUGCGUAUACAUCUAUGUCUGUGAUAUAAAUUGUUACAGAGGAUCGCCCAUCCUAGACUAAGAAAAGAUCUCGGGAUAAAAAGUACAAAUAUAAAAAAGUUUCAUAAAACAACAUGUCCACCAUCGUGUAUCUAAAACCGUGAUAUUAGAUAAUAUUAAUCGCUGUCGCUUUCUUGCUUAAAUAUCUAACACUACAAAAAUAGUAUUGUAUGCUUAGCGCUUACAGAAAUCAUCUGAAAUACCAAUUUCUUUUUCCUAAUAUAUACUUGUACAGGUAAUGGGCAUCCUCUUCAGCAGUAACAUACAAAAAAAUUAAGAGUAAUUUUUAAACAAAGUAAUCCCUAAUGUUAGUUAUAAAUAUUUAAAUUGUCAACCUGGCUUGCUAUAUCCACAUCCAAUUUUUAUGGUGCCACUCUGGUGUGAUGCAAGUUUUUUCAUAUAACAACACUAAUGAGGCUAACAAAAUUAUUAAUAUUAAGUUACUCAGUAUGUAAAUGUAUAUAGUUCUAGAUAUUUCUUGUAACUCACAAUGAUUUUUUUCUUUUUUGUAACUAAUGUGUCACUAUAAAUUGCAUUUGAACAUAUUUUAGAUAUUAUUUAUAGAUAUUAAAUUUUUUUCACUAUUUACUGCAUUUUCAGAAAUUCCCACAAAACUUAGAGGUGCAGUUUAUAAGCAGUGAUUUACACGAGAGAAUUUUAAAGAAUAUCACUACAUUAAUUGAUUUGUGUAUUUGCACCACAAAUUAUGUAUUAUAACUAUAAUUGACAUUUUGACACGAAGCCAUGUUGUCACAAUAAGAGGCACAUGUACAACAAACAAACCACAAAAAUUAUAAUACUCGUUUUUUUGUCCUUACUUAUAUAUUUUGUUUUUUAAGCCUUUUUCUAUAUCCUAUUCAAUAAAAAUGCUAAGUAACAAUAAUGGCGUCUUUUAGCCCAUGUUUAUACGACAUUGGCAGUUGUAACAUUUGUGUACUUAUAUUUAUGUAUCUUAUUAUGUCAAUUUGGCUUUUAAGGGAUAACUGACAAAAAUAUUUGUGAUAAUUUUUAGUACUCAAAGCUUUAAAUUAAAAUACAUACCUAUUGUACUUUUUCAUGAUUAUACGAUAUCGAGACACUUGAGCAGUCGCGAGAAGAACAAAUAAUGGCAUUUGAUUAAAAUGUUCGUUUCACUACAUACUGAUGGCAGUGUGUGUGCAGCAAGAAUUAUUAUGAACAUUGUUUGUGCCAUGGUUACUGCCAACAUAUUAAAAUAAGGUGCCUGAGUGUUCACUAUAAGUUGUAAUAUUGUGCAUUAACUUUGUUAUAAAAAAGAUAAACAUAAAGAGUCACAUUAUUUUAAUUUAUAACAUUAAUAUAAACAUAUGAUUUAAUUUCAUUGUCCCCUAACUUGUAACACUUGAAUAUGUAACUGUAUAUACAUUAAAUUAUUUAAAUAAACCCGAUGUCCGUAGUCGUGUUGAUGUUACUCUUUGUAAACCAAAGUUAAUGUGUUUUCUUCAUUAUGUUAUGAUUUAUUUAAGUAUUACUUAUAUUGUUAAGUGUUUUAUUACAAUGAGUAUUAUUUUUGGACCAUUAUUUUAAAUUAAUAUUCCAGUGUUUUGUAUUAUUUUUUUUUUUAAUUUGUGAUACUAUCAAGGACAAGUCAAAA